UGCCGUGCUCGCUGUUGCUACGCCCAUCUCAGUCGUCUUGGGGUGCAAUUGUGCAUAUACGUUACACACUGCCACUUGACGGGAUCGGACGUUUCUAACCGGUGAUGCAAAGCAAUACAAAAUUCUAAGUACUUACAUGCUGUAGACGACAGUUUAAUAUCCCGUGCACCUGAACGCAAUGUCAUCCACUUUCGCGACGGCUCAGGUGCACUCGUGUGGCUACCGAAAGCUCGUAACUGGAGAUCGCUUCCUCCCUGCUAUCGUGGUAUCGGCGGCAUGAUAGUAGUGGGUUGGGACGCCGAUAAACGGAGCGCGUACUACAGGAACAGGCGGUGUACGGUCGCCUACGAGCAGCGACGUGAGACUUUCCGUUGCUGGGUGCUCGACGCAUUCUUCGACCGGUGCGCACUACGACUGGUCGCCCGUUGCAUGUGAAGCGAAAGCGACGAGACUCGUUCUGCUUCAUUUCCCCGACUGUGAAACACCGAGAUGCCGAACUCGCUGAAGGAGAGCCUGCUGUAUGCCUUCUGGAGGGUGUGCGGGCUCGUUGACUUCCACCGAGACAUGCUCAACGCCAAGUACCAAAACACGGAACCAGCCGUCCUCAUUGUCACCACAGCCUUGGCAACUUAUGUGGGGCACCGUGUACUGUGCCGGCUCAUUUAUGGGGAAGGCUUUGUGCCGAAUGUCCGGCGUGGGCUGCUGGCCACCCUGCGGAACCUGCCUGUCGUUCGCGACUACGUUCAGGAGAAGAUGGGCAAGAUCGCGAUUGACGUGGAGCAGUCGCUGAACAAGUGUUAUGCUGACUGCCAGUUCAUCCUCGAGCUGCCCGAGAAAGGAUGGACGCCGGAUGCUAUACUUGAAGGGAUGGCGAAGAAUGACUCACUCUGUCAUGUCGAGUGGAAGAAAGGGGUGGUGUCUGGUGCCAUCUACACAGAACAUGACCCCAAGUUGGAGGGACUGAUGGUAUCAGUCUUUGAGCGGCACCUUCGCUCAAACCCAUUGCAUUCGGAUGUCUUCAUUGGUGUGCGCAAGAUGGAGUCCGAGGUAAUCCGGUGGUGCUGCAAGCUUUUCCACGGAGGGCCCGACAGCUGUGGAUCGAUGACCUCGGGCGGCACGGAGAGCCUGAUUUUGGCCUGCAAGGCUCACAGAGACUACGGCUUCUUCGAAAAAGGCAUUGUUUACCCUGAGAUGGUUAUUCCUGCAACAGCACAUGCUGGCUUUGACAAGGCCGGUGAAUAUCUGAGAAUCAAGGUCAUCCACGUGCCAGUCGACCCGCAGACGAUGAAGGUUGACGUGCGGAAAAUGAAGGCUGCCAUCACUGGAAACACCAUCUUGCUUGUGGGAUCUUCACCUCAGUUCCCGCAUGGUUCCAUUGAUCCAAUCAAGGAAAUAGCAGAGCUGGGGGCAAAGUAUGGCAUUCCUGUUCAUGUGGAUGCCUGCCUUGGAGGCUUCCUGGUGCCUUUCAUGGAAGAAGCUGGGUUCCCGCUGCAUCCUUUUGACUUCCGCCUUGAGGGUGUCACGAGCAUAUCGGCAGACACGCACAAGUACGGUUACACUCCCAAAGGCUCAUCUAUGGUCUUGUACCGGAGCCGCAAGUACCACCACUACCAGUUUUCGGUAGCCACUGACUGGCCUGGGGGUGUCUACGCAACGCCAACAAUGUCUGGUAGUCGGGCGGGCUCAGUGGCGGCCUGCACUUGGGCUUCCCUGCUCUACUAUGGGCGAGAAGGUUACGUUGAGGCCACUCGCAAGAUCAUCAUUACCACCCGCAAAAUUGUCGACGGGCUGCGUGCAGUACCCGGCAUCCAGGUGCUCGGCUCACCCGACGUAAGCGUGGUGGCCGUUGGCUCGGAGAAGUUUGACAUUUUCCAGUUGAUGGAUAAGCUGACACAGCGUGGUUGGAACUUGAACCCACUGCAGUACCCAUCAGGCUUCCACCUGUGCGUCACGCUGCUGCACGUGGCGGAGAAGGUGGCCGACCGGUUCGUUAGUGAUGUCCGUGAGUGCACAGCUGAUAUCAUGCGUGCCCCUCACUUGCCAAGCACUGGAAAGGCUGCAAUCUACGGCAUGGCUCAAAGCAUUCCUGAUCGUUCUGUGAUCGAAGAGCUGGCUCAUGCUUACAUUGACGCCUGCUAUAGCACGCGUUACGUCCCACCGAGUUAACCUUGCGUCAUGUUAGUUUUUGCCUAACAUCACUUGUUGCCAUUAGCUGCAUUGGAACUGAUAUGAAUGAAACAGUAUUUAGUAAGCAGGCCUUACAAUCACAACAGGGUUAAGGGGAGAUGCACCUUCAAAAUUCAGUUGUAUUAUUACAUGAAGAAUUGCGACACUUGAGGCCAUGAAAGAGUUAUGUUUGACCUCUCCGAAACUGUCACGUGUUUUUACGUAAGUUUUAUAUAUUUUGUUUAGUGCAUGAAAAUAAAAUUUGCUUUUUGUGUUGACUAGUUGACAAGCCCUCUGCACAUAUUGCUGUGCUAUGACCGACAAACUGUACUUCACUCCUUGGGUAAUUUUUUGUGUGUGUAUAUGUAGGAUACCUGAACAUAAUUUUGGUGCAAGAUAAUUAAACUUGUUAUUUUUCGGGACGAAGGUGCUGCCUUUCGACCCACAUCUCCCCUGUGCAACAGUGGCUGUCUUUGUGUGCAUGAUCACUCAUGGGCUCAUGAAAGAGUACACUGUUUUGGAUUUUAGUUGUAACUGUAGAAAGGACGGUGCUUUUUAACUCUGUACAUUAAAGGAGGCCACGAGGUCAUGGCCUUCUCAGGUAAACUAUUGUGGCUUGCUGUGCUUAUAAAACAGAUAUACAUGACAAAUAUUGAGAACUCCGCCUUGUUUAUGCUGUCAUUGAUGUGCACUUGCUAUUGGCAUUCAUCUACAUUGUGAGGCUGAGAUAUGCAGCCUUUUCCUGAAACAUUUUACCAGCUGUAAAAGGAUUGCAAUAGGUGCUUGUGUUGUGCAAUGACAAGUUGCAGGUGCUUUGGAUUCUUGCUUUAGUGCAAGACAAAGAAUGCUUUCUUUUUGUAAUGUUUUCCAUCAUUUGUGAUUUUUUAGCUGAAAUAUCCAGUAAUUUGUUUUUGACGUCACUUUCACAUUGCCCUUGUAUGCCAAUUUAUCUUUGGCUCUGAACAACUCAUAGCUGCUAAACUGGUGUCAGUGAAGGUAUCGUAUUUUAGGAAUACAGUGGAACGGACUCAUGACAAUGUAGUCAAGAGUGACGGAAUACCGUCUGGUCAGGUAAAAGCAUUGUUAAAAAAGCAGGUCAGUGACCAAGGUCAAUAUAAAAAUAAAAUGACGUUUCGGGAUCCCUACGGAUCCCUUGUUCACCUUGUAUAACAAUAUUCAAGUGCCAAGAAAAUUCCAUUGUUAUAAUCGAUAAUUGGUGUGGCCGGGUUGCACGAAAAAAAAAAAAGAAAACGAAAAGAGUGCAGACAUCAAAACAUUUUAGUUAUACAAAACGACGUAGUUGAACCCACUUAUAACAAUUACCAAUACUUGAAUGUAACAGUGAGCAGAUGUGGCACCUUGAAUAUUUCCGUGUUCCAUUGAUGGUUAUAACAAUUAUGCAAAUCUGGCUGCUGGGUGUCCGUGCUGAGAGGAAAAAAAAAGCGGAAUUGUGGAAAAGAAAAAAAAAAAUGCGACCACCAUCUCCACCUCCAUGCUCCACCUCCAUGAUUCACCCAUCGGUGUUGUCAGCGCAGUUGACCUGUGUUUUUAAAGCGUGGAAGGGAGACAGGAGAGAGGCACAUGGGGCUGACGAUGCAGCAAAAAUGCGUGGGCAUGCAUGGCACACAAAGCGGGAGUGGCACCUCACAUUUUUUUCCUGGAUUUCCCAUUCAUUUCCGUCACAACAGAGGCACCCAAUUGCCAGAUUUAAUUGUUAUAAUCAUUAAUGCAGCAUGUGAACAUCGCAGUGAGUACUUUAUUUUAGCAUAGAACACACACGAAAGUUAACAAUGCCACGGCUGCUCAUUGUUAUAUUCUAUAUAUUGUUUAAAACCACUAUCGGUGGGUUCGACUGUACACUGACGAUUUUGGUGUCGCAAUAAAUUUCGCUACAAAUACAUAACAGUGUAUGUUCUGGCAUAGUCGUUGUGCUGUGCUUCGAUUAUAACGGUAAGGAGCUGCUUAGCAGUAUCGUGCUGUACGCAUCAUAUUUGAGCACUCAACUUUUAUUUUCCACUUGUUCUCUCCUGUGUAAAAACCUGGUGUUUAAAAAAAUACGACUGUUAUCGAUCCUUUGGAUAUUUUGGGUAUUGUGUAUAGUAUUGUGCUUGAAUCAAAUUGAUGCACCAAGCACGUCAUUCACCCCUGUGAAUUUAGCCUCACAAGCCCAAACACCAUUCUAUGUCAAGAAAAUUGAGAAUUUUUUCACCUUUAUUUCUGGGCAUAGAUAGUACAUUCAUACAAAAAAAAAAAAGCAAGACAGAGAGAGAAAAAAAAAGAAGAAAAAAGAAAAUGCAAUGUUAUUUGAGUUAAGCUGUAAUUAACUAAUAAUUAUUUAGUACUAAUUUUCGGAGCUAUCUACAACUGAAGCUUCAUUCCAGCAUAUCAGAAACGGUGCUAUGAGCUUUGCGUUAAGUCUCGCACACUUAAGGCCUUGAAGAAGACAAGUCCACUUGUCGAAAUUUUGGCUCCUGCUUUCACCUUGUUCUCGUUUUGCUCAUUGUCUUGAAUUUCCAUCUCCCACCUUCGCUGUGUUUUCCCUACACUUAAAUCAGUGUUUUGAUGUAUAGAACUUUGUGUAUGAAACACUAUAGUGCAGUGAACUCUUUUUAAGACGAACUCCGUUAAGCCAAAUUCUCGCAUAUAACGAACAACAUGGGAUCGUUUGUUUGGUUUUCCACAGAGUCAGUGCGAAAAAAAAAUCCGCUUAAGACAAACCGCCUCAGAUGUGCACAUCGGUUAAGAGGAACCUUCAGAGUGACCGCCACUGCUACCGAUCCUGGAGGCUACCGUGUCUGGAUGCGCUAUGCCCGGGUGCGCGUGCAUCGGAGGCCUGCGACGCACAUUGCUCAUGGACAGAGAAGAAAACAAAGGAGGAAACAAAAAGGAGACAGUGACGUUUCACUUCAUGAACGCGGGUGACGUGCAAUAGUAUGGCCGCUAUAACGCAUACGAAGCUAUCGGCCCGCGGUGCACCUAGACUGUCAGCAUUGCAGAUCGUAUUCAACACAAGGCUCGCACGGCCGCGCCACACGCAACAGCCACCGGAGUAGAACGCCCCCUUGUAAACAUUCGCUUACUAAUUGACAAGCAUGGUGUCAACGUGCGCAGACAAACAUGAACACAUCACAUUCGAUGACCGCAGACGCUCGCUGUCGAAAUGCUGGCAAGAGCAAUCGCGGCAGCAGCAGCGAGUGAAGUGACCUCCGCGCUGUCUAUCGCUUCAACGCAAGCUGAGCGGUGAGAACACAGCGCACGCAAAGCUACGAGCUAUCGGCCCACCUAGACUGUGCCCCCAAAGCAGAUCGCGUUCAAGAUAAAGCCGGCGCGACCGCGCGCGGUCAAAGUACAACGCCCUCCUCCUUCCCCUCCCCGGUGCCAUGCGCGCGAUGGAAGAUGGUGCGCUUCCCCCUUUGCGCAUGUGAGAUUGCGCCGCCAUCGUCGGCUCACUGUUGAGCGCUUUCACUCGCACACACAGUUUAUGGCGCACGAGGACGAUAUUAUCACGAAAUUAACCCGGUACAUCCGUAUCGCAAACGAAACCUGUAGCAGCUGCGAGAGAAAGUCAACCCAGCGUGCCUCUGCAUACCUUCCUCCUCCGCGACGCUUCGCCUCGUUUCUCCUUCUCCACUUCGCUCAACGUCACCUAGACUUUCCUCCAGGUUGCGUUGCUUUGCCGCGCGUUCAGCGCACACCUUCAUACUUCCGUGAGCUGGCAGCCUGUACCGAUGACCUUUGAGGCCGCAGAUGCCCGCUUUAACUCCCUAGUGAACUUUUUCCAGCAGGACGAAGGCACAAAAGGAUUUCUAAGGUCAUUAGGUGAGAUGACAUCGUUUGUGGCUGCUCGCCGAUUUGCACAGUAGCACCAAACAUCCAUCACAGACUGCACGAAACUUAGCAAGAGUACUACUUGCAGUUUUCUAUGAAGUUCAGCUAAAUAAGUGUUUUUUGUGUCAUUUUUUCUCCGUUUUAAGUCUACUUCAUUUACCGUUUUGAAGUAAGAUAUUUGGAUGCACCUGGUCUUCUUGCCAAUUAUUAUUAUGAUAAGACGAACUUCUGAUAAGACAAAUUUUCAUGGUCCCUUUGAGUUCGUCUUCAACGGAGUCUACUGUAUGUUGGCCUUUGAGGGCUUAGUGUUGCCAGGUUUAAUUGUACUUCACCUUAUAUGCAAAUUUAGCUAUGCAGGGUGAACGUUCUACCACAAGGCUUAAGAUUACGAGGAGGGUUUUAAUCUUCUGUGCUAGUCACAUUGGAAAUGCUGUGUUUGAAUACUUCACUGUGAAAAACACUGUGUAUCUUGGUUUGUGAGUGCGUGUGUGUGUGUUGAUGUUCUGGGUCUGUUUUUGCUUUGCUCACCUUUAAUAGUACUUACGAGGGAACGUUUACACUGAAAUGUGCACUUGUUGAAUGUGGAAUCUUCUAGUAAGUCUGGCUGCAGGAUUGCCCUGCAGCCAGCACUGGGCUAGCAGAGACCACAGGCAAUGCUAUGAUCAAUUUUUGGCCUAUUGCCCCCUGAUAUGUUGUUAUAUCUUCAGAAUAACUUUAUCACUAAGUGGUAGCUGUCACACAGCACACCUAAUGUAUCCUUUCAAGCUAGUGUUACGUUAGCUGACUUUCUUAACAGACUCCUUGUCAUAACAGAGGCAGGGCGCUGCUUACAUAGUAUGUUAUUUUUGUGCUGUUGACAUUCACAAGCAGCCAUGUUCUAUAUGGGAGCACUGGUGGGAACAACUGUUGAAUAAACAAUCAUUAUCGGUG